AGAGAGGCUGGAAUAAGGAGAAUAUGACCGAGAGUGACCUCGACAGAUAGACUGUGUCUCCGCAGCGGUCCGAGUCCCGGUGUCAAUGUGUUGUCUUAAGCGACAUAUUGCAUGAAACGGGGCUCGGGACCGCAGCAUUUGUCGAAAAAAAAAAAUCCCCACUAGUAAGACAUUCCCAGGUUUCAAUGGAUAGAAAGACCCCCCCGAUCGAGCGUGCGGCUGAAAACGGAGCAGCACUGUAUGCGAAUGGGCUGCAGAAUGGCUUUUUGCAGCUACCAUCGUCGCAGAGCAAUGGCACCAGCAACUGCUGCAGUCGCUACCGAGAUAACGACGGUGCCCCUCUCCCCCAUGACUGUGGCGGCAGUAACCUUCAUCCGUCCGAAAUGCAAAAUCACACCUCGCCUUCGAGAAAAUGCAGAGGCAGGAGAAGAAUCGAUUCGGGCAAAAAGAACAGACCACCAUUCCCAUGGUUCGGAAUGGAUAUUGGUGGGACACUUGUCAAGCUGGUUUAUUUUGAACCAAAAGAUAUUACAGCUGAAGAGGAGCAGGAAGAAGUGGAAAAUCUCAAGAGCAUUAGGAAGUACUUGACAUCUAACAUCGCAUAUGGCAAAACUGGAAUAAGAGAUGUGCACCUGGAGUUGAAAAACUUGACAAUAUGUGGACGGAAAGGAAAUCUACACUUCAUUCGUUUUCCAACUCAAGCCAUGCCAAGGUUCAUCCAGAUGGGCAGGGACAAAAAUUUCUCAAGCUUACAUACCACACUCUGUGCCACAGGGGGUGGAGCUUACAAGUUUGAAGAAGAGUUUAGAAUGAUGGCUAAUCUGCGGCUUCACAAAGUGGACGAGUUAGAUGCAUUGAUCCAGGGUUUACUGUAUGUGGAUUCUGUUGGCUAUAAUGGCCUGCCUGAGUGCUACUGUUUUGAAAAUGCUGCUGAUCCCGAACGGUGUGUGAAGAAGCCGUACUGUCUUGACAACCCCUACCCUAUGCUGCUGGUUAACAUAGGUUCUGGAGUUAGUAUUCUUGCAGUUUAUUCUAAGGACAACUUCAAAAGAGUUACUGGGACCAGUCUUGGUGGUGGAACAUUCCUAGGAUUGUGCUGUUUAUUAACAGGAUGCGAAACCUUUGAGGAAGCCCUUGAAAUGGCAGCCAAAGGUGAUAGCACCAAUGUGGACAAGCUUGUGAAGGAUAUUUACGGUGGAGAUUAUGAGCGGUUUAACCUACGAGGAUCUGCUGUUGCAUCCAGCUUUGGUCACAUGAUGAGUAAGGAGAAGCGAGAUAGUAUCAGUAAGGAAGACCUAGCCAGAGCAACUCUGGUCACUAUAACAAAUAACAUUGGCUCGAUUGCUCGUAUGUGUGCACUGAAUGAGAAGAUUGACAGGGUGGUAUUUGUUGGAAAUUUCCUCAGAAUAAAUAUGGUCUCCAUGAAGUUAUUGGCUUAUGCAAUGGAUUUUUGGUCCAAGGGGCAGCUAAAAGCCUUGUUUUUAGAACAUGAGGGAUAUUUUGGUGCAGUAGGAGCCCUCCUAGAGCUGUUGAAGAUAACAGAUGACCAGUAGUUGAGUUGGACCAGAGCAGACUGAAGAAAAUGAUUGAGUAUUUUAAUGCUGCUGCUUUAGAGAGAAGACCAUGUAAAGGAUGGAAAGAAAGCCAUUUCUGAAAGUUUUAUCUGCUGAAGUUGUAAAUACUGUACUUUCGGUUCUUAAAUAGGUCAUUUAUCCUUUUUUAUGAACAUAUUUUAUAUUUUCUAGGAGCAAUUCAUUCUAGAGAUAUGAAAUUUAAAUAUUUUUUCUUUAUACUGUAAAUAUUUGUAAAAUGUGCGAUACGGCCAAACCCUGCUGAUUUUACUUAUUGUUGAUUGGAAAAAACAGUAUAAAUAAGGACCUAACUGUGAAGAACUCAUUUCUUCUAGAGUGUACUGUCCGUUUCUCUUCUCAUUCUAACUGUAUUUAUGUGGGUGUUACUGCGGUCCACUGUCCAUGUUCUGGCAACUCCAGUGUAUGCAGUAUGAUCUCCAGUAUCUGAAAGAUAAGUCACUUGUUUCCAAGCAGUUAGUUAUCCAUCUCUGCCUUAUACCACUAGAUCUUUAUUUUUCUGCUAAAAGAAAAUGUCACUUUUUUUUUUUUAAAUUGCUUGAAAUUUAGUAUGAUGGACGUAGAUGUUGUAAGUCUAUAGAACGUAUCCAUUUUGUUAAUUCAUUCUUAUUUUAAACAUUUCGUUGAUCAGUGAAUAUGAAUUUCAGAAUCUGUGUUUAGUAAUGACAGGAAGUACUGCACUACAAACAAGCAAAAGGUGCUUGGGGAAGUACAGUUACUUUGCGAUAUAUCUGUUAUGCAAGUAUGUUUACCACAUCUCGUGGCCAUGAGUCUGUGAUAGCUGCCCAUGGCACAGAUGAAUGUGGAUCAGACUGACACUGCAGCAGACAAUGGCUGGUCUGUUUGAUAGCAGAUAGUUAGUCCUUUGAUGUUGUAAGUGCAACUGUCCAUGCUUACUCCUCGUACAUUUCUUUGAUGUACCCAAAGGGGCCACGUUAAGGGAUCAUGAUAGAGUUUCCCAAAGCAUGCAGUAGGUUUUUAUAGUGCUUACGAACUGUACUUUUAAGCACUUAUGGCACCAUUGUUGAUGAGAUGGAAAAACUUGUGGACUUCCUAAGUCAUUGAUUACCAGAUUCUCCUUUUGCUUAGGGAUAAGUUGAAGACUGUUCACUUUCCAUAUUAAACCAUUCAGCUUCAGUUCUUGACAGGAGGGCAUUGAAAGUUUAUCUCAGAUUUCCUGUCCGAAUCAUUGUCACAGCCAUGGAACCCAAUAGUGCGAGUCUUGCAAUUUCAGAAAAUAAGCUUUGAUGCCAGUAUUGAAACAACAGAUUUCAAAACUUGCCUUUAUAUUUUAAAGGCAUUUUGGAGCAGUAAGCCCCCCCCCCCCCCCCCCCAUGCACAUACUACUAUUGACUGUAUAGACUGACUCCAGAUUAGAGGGAUAUUUCAAGGUGCCAUAACCUCAGACUUAGCAUUAUAGUAUUUAACAUUUGCUGAAAGAUCUCAGUUCUGGUUCAUGAAUUGUAGUGGAGAGCCAUGACGAAACUUUAACUUCUAUACUUCAAGUCUCAUAUGAGAGUCAGUAGUUUACCGUGUGUGUGUGUCAUAAAACUUGUCUGGAGCAUCUACCAGUUCUGGCUUCAAAUGUCCAUGCUGAGGAAGCAGGGUUAGUUAAAGCUGAUCAGCAGAAAAUAUGCAAUAUUGUCAUGCCACAGGCUGUUGUACUGGAUGAAGGUUUUUAGAGGCAUGAUUGCUGUGAGUUGACUCUGUCCAGUGGAACACUGCAUAUGCAGUAUUUUUAAAAAUAUCCAAAGCAAUGGGGUUAAACAAAUCAGCACCCAUGAGCUGCCACAUCUGCUGAGGAGGAGAUGGAAAGUACCGCUGUCAGAUCAGACUUCAGGUAUUCAUUGAGGUGCAUCUGUUUGUUUACUGGUUGAGUAAAGACCCUGAAUUUGAUUAUUUUCAAGGUAUCACCUUUUCUGUAAAUUCUGUUAGCUAUCCCUGCUCCAGAACUUGCUUGGUAUUUAUGGAAAAACAACAAAUUUGUUUGAACUUGUGUUAUGUAAAAUAGAGAAACUACUUCUAAAAAAAUAGUGCUUCCAAUGUCAGCCUAAUGGUGCAUAGGAAGGGAGAGUUCCUGAGUGCAGCAUUAGAGGAUUGGGUCUAAGAAGCAGCCCAGAUGCCAGACAGCUGGUCAGAAAAAGGGAAAGGCAGGACAAAUUUCUUCAGCUUACAGGGAGAGCAGUUUUUUUACUGCCUGGCAUUUCCCUUUAGGAGACUGAGCAUUACAGUGACCAGACUAAGUUGAGGGAAUGGCACGUGUAUGGGAUGAUGUCUACAUUGCAUAUAUCAGUGACCUUGCAUAUUGUGUAUCCUGGUUGGGAAUGGGAUUGGCUAAAGUCAUAACCCCCCCCCCCCCCCCCGUUACCAGUUUUACCACCUCCUUAGUGUUGUUCUUUGAAGAAAUAAAAGAAUCAUUACAAGGUGUUGAUGGCUUGGACAAGGAGAAAAAACGUAGCCUUCUUAGUGACGUUUGGCUUUAUCCUCAUAGACUUGAGAGUUCUUGCCUUUUCUAGUAUGAAUCUUUCAGACUGGAUCCAUACAGAUAACAAAGAUUCAUCUGAAUCUCACUUUGAGUAAAUGUUUAUUUUCAUUGAACUUUACUCAUACAGAUUCUGAAGCUUUUUGUUUUUUUUUUCUCCAUACUGGUCGUUUCCAUAUUGCCAUCUUAUGCUCAUUAAACAAAAUUUAUGGGAGAAAUUACUUUACUAUGCUGCAUCAAGACAGGAAACAGUGUAACCAGUGGCAGGAAGGUGAUAUUUUGCACUGAUGUCUAAAACUGGUCAUCCUUUGGGAAAUGUUUCUGUGUCUGUGGAGCAGCUGUCCAAAGUUCAGCAUGCCACUUUUCCCCCCAACCUGAUUGUCUAAAACAGUUGCAGUUUGUCCUAGGAUUUCCCUUGAUAGCCAUUAGUUCUGUAGUCUGCCUGCAUCAACUUCUGGUAGCUGGCUUGCUCUAUUUACCUGGAGGGCUGCUAAGAGUCUGCCAGAACAUGGAUUUUGAAUCAAACCUGUUUGCACUAGAAAAACACAGAUCAUUCACUGUAACCAUACUCGUGGCAAUGGUAUGCAUCUCAGAACAACAGAAAUCACCUGGCCUUAUCCUGACUUAAUAGUGCCACAUUGUCAUGCAACAGCAUUAUAUUGUGUAGCAGAGGUUAGCUUCUGCAUUGUCUAAAUCAUGUGAACAUUCGCCUACAGGUGUUCCAUCAUCCUCCCAGUACUUAACAGCUGCUGUGAGGCCAGUAAUGUUAGUAUAAUUGUGAAACCCCACAAGAAAACUAAUGUAUGACAAAGUGAGUGCUGGCAUUCUGUGUUUUGGGGUUUCAGCUAUGAACGCUGUAUAUAAAAUGAGUAUACAACUAUAGGGCAAGCUUAACGUAAAUGUAUUUUAGUUAGAGUAGUCCUUUCCAGUGCAUUUGUUAAGUGUUUAAGAUGCAUGCCUUAAGCCACUUGUAAAGCUAUGGUUAUAGUGGAAUAGCCUAUUUCCAACCACUCUAGAAGAUGUAGUUAUUUGCUCGUAUUAUUUUUCAUGACGUUUCAUGAUCUAGUAUUGGUUUCAGCUGAAACCACAUAGCUGACACAUUAGCUGUAAACACUAAGGCAUUAAUUUUAACUGCCUUUCCUUUAAAAAAGUGUCUAAAUAUCAGUAUGUAUAUGAAUGUUUCUUUAAUGCUUUUAGAACGCCUGCUGAGUUAUGGCUAGGUUCUGAAGCCCUUUAAUUUCAGUGGACUGUGUUAUCAACAAAGGGCUGCAUGUUUACUGUAGAGAAAGUACUCCAGUGCCAGUGAACACCUGUGUAAUGUGUUAAUCCCAACUCAGUAAUGAAUGCCAGCUUAAUAUAUGUAUAUUUGUUGUGAAACAAGUCGCAAAUGGUACCACAUUAAGUUGUAUGUAGUAUGACCAAACGAAAGCAAAUGUCGACCCUCUGCAUUUCACUGUUUUUAAAACUUAUGUAUGUUGUUACUUUUAAUUAUUUAAUUAUGCAGUAGGUGUGGACCUAAAUGUUCUGUCUUGAAUUUUAUGUACUUGAGCUGCGUCAGAAUAUGGUGUCAUAUUUACGCACAUGGUAUGCUUGCUUUGACCCUUUUAACAGUAGACACGUUAUCACCUGUCUCCACUAGUCAGCACUUUAUUGCCAAAGCUUCAGUCUAUUAUUAUGUCCUCUGCCUCCCAGCUGCCUACCUCAGGCAUACACACACAUUUUUGUGACCUUUUCAGUAAUUGAAAAUCAAUAUUAACACUAACAAAGACAACCCAGUUUAAUAGUUUCUAUGCAUAUUGUAAUAUGUGACUCAACUUUGUAUGCCUCCAGUGGAACAGUCAAGCUUCAGGGGCAUUCUGUACCAAUACUGUGUAGUCUACAAGACCUAUUUCUGUGCUUGCCUUUUGAAGCCAUACCUUGUUCUCUCUGUGUAUCAUGUUUAUGGGCAUUACAUUUAUUUCAUCUUGUGUAGCACCUUUCAAGAUGUAUAGUAAAUAGGUGUAUUACAUUAAAAGUUUGUGUCACUGGAUGAAAAUAGUGUAGGAAACAAGGUAACACCUGCUACUUCUACUACAAACAGAAUGAAAACAAGUGUUAUAUUUUUUUCCUUUUUGUAAAUAAAAAGCAGGGUACUGAAAUUCUUAAUGUGCUUCAUUAGCUUGAAGGAAGUCUGCUGUUUUCUUAAAACUUUGCAGAGUUGUAUCAUAUAGGGCUACCCUUGUAGCACCAGGCUCUUGUGCUAAUCGCAGGUAUGUUUUAAAAUAGAUUAAACGUGCGAGUUUUAUUAAAACACAUACUGAGAAGGAAACAUGAUUUGUUUUCUCAUAAGAUUUACAGAUUUGUCCAUCAGAGCUGCACGCCAAGUGCUGUUUAACCAAAACAUACUUCCCAAAUUGACAUUACCAUCUACAGUGUCAAAAUAUUUUGUUCCCCUUGUUAGGGAGAUGCCCUUUACCCCCCUUUACAUGGAUUCUCUGAACUGAACCACCGUUCUUUGGAAAAUAACAGUUUUCCUAAUACACUGAUUUACAAUUCAGGCUGUACGGCUUUGAAGAGUUUUGCUUUGCUAAGUCUAGAGAUAGAGAUGUUCUUUUCUGAUCAUUAUUUUAUCUUACUGUAUUGUAUUUUAGAAAUCUGUAUAAAACUGUAUCACUUAAGGAUAAAUUAAGCUAAAUUUGUCAUACGCUUUUAUGAAAAUACUUAAAUUCACAGUAUACAAAACCAAAGUUACCUUUGCUGAAUGGAUAUGCUGUAAGUAAAGUUGACAGUAAGUUAUCUGUCCAGAUGCUGUUUCACUUUUACAACACAUAUAGGCAUAAAAAGGGGGAUAUGUUCUCAUUUACAUAUAUGAUGCAUGCUGUAAAAAUGUAGCCCAUUAAGUGCAUUUUUUCUGCAGUUGACCUCCAUUAUGUUACUUCCUUGUGUUUUUGCCUAACAGCCCAAGAGAAAAAAAUGUGCCGACAAAUAUGAA